AUGGAUAUAGAAAAUGUGACCCAGUUCUCUGUUUUUCAUCUUAUUGGUUUCUCCGAUCUCCCUACAUGGAACUUACUUCUUUUACUGCUGUUUAUUUUCUCCUUUUUAGUGUCUUUGGUUGGGAACUCUGUCAUCAUUUUGAUAAUCAUUUUUGAUUCAAGUCUGCACAAUCCAAUGUAUUUAUUUUUGCUGAAUCUGUCAUUUUUGGACAUUUGUUCUAUUAAUGUUACAGCCCCACAAGUUAUGGUUAUAUUUGGCUCUAUGUAUUACACAGUUUCCUUUGCAGACUGUAUUUCGCAAGUAUAUUUUUACCUUGUCUUCACUGAUGCAGAAUUCUUUCUUCUCCCAGUCAUGGCAUAUGACCGUUAUGUGGCAAUAUGUAGUCCACUUCAUUACUAUAAAAUCAUGAAGAAGGAAGUAUGUAUCCUAUUGGCAGUAGCACCAUGGGCAUUUGGAUUUAUCGAUAUGUUAUCUUGUACUAUACUAACAUCUCAGUUGUCCUACUGCAACUCUCACAUCAUCAAUCAUUUUUUCUGUGAUCUUACUGCCCUCAUGAAAUUAUCCUGUAGUGACACUUCCAUUAUUGAGCUUGUUACGUUUGUGGAAGGGGUUGCCUUCGGCUUCACACCUUUUUUCAUUACGCUGACCUCAUAUGCAUAUAUUAUUCUGAAUGUGCUGAAGAUUAAUUCAGUUGAUGGCAGAAGAAAAGCGUUUUCUACAUGUUCGUCACACAUCACUGUUGUCAUUCUUUUCUAUGGGACAAUCAUAUGUAUGUAUAUGAGACCAUCUUCAGACUAUUCACCUGCUCAAGAUAAACUUUUUGCAGUUUUUUAUACGACUACUGUUCCAAUGUUAAACCCUCUAAUAUACACUUUAAAAAAUCGUGAUAUAAAAAGGGCAAUUUUAAAAGUAUUUGUUAAUAAACAUAACCCUUCAUUCAAAGAUAGGUAA